GCCACAGAAUCCUCUGAGUAAUAAAUCCGUUAGCUCUGAAACAAACUAGAUUUUAGAUUUAAGUUUAUAAAAUUGCUGAAAUUUAGGGGUUUAAUGUACAGAUACUCUCUCCUACAUCACGAAUUCUUCUCGGUCCAUUCAGUUCAUCAUUUUCUCUCCAUAGGAAAAAAAGAGAAACCACCUCAGACCCUGUUUGGUGAAUGCCCAAACUCUACAAGCUGCACAGACCAGGAGAAGUUACGUGUCGUGGGAGGAGAGGACAGAUGCUUGGGGAGAGUGGAGGUUUGGUACCGAGGCUCCUGGGGAACAGUUUGUGAUGACUCCUGGGACAUGGCAGAUGCCAAAGUUGUGUGUAAACAACUGGGCUGUGGAUCUGCUGUACCAGUCCCAGGCGAGGCUGCAUUCGGUGAGGGGACUGGUCCCAUCUGGGUAGAAUCGUUGAAUUGCAGAGGGACAGAGUCAUCUCUCUGGGACUGUCCUGCCAAGCCCUGGGGUGAGAGCAACUGUGGUCAUAAGGAAGAUGUUGGAGUGAAUUGCUCAGGUGUGACGGAGACGACAGCAUCACUGAGUAGAACAGCUCCCCCGCGCCGCCCUCUGACCGACAGUGGGAGAGUCACGGUGCCCGUGAUCAUCUGCAUUAUCCUGGGGGCCCUGCUCUGCCUGGUCUUAAUCAUUCUGGGUGCACAGGUGCGAAGUGCCAGGGCACAGUACAGAGGCUCCAGAAGAUCCUUGGACCCUUUAUCUGAGGCCGUGUACGAGGAGAUUGAUUAUAACCUGAUGAGAAAGAAGCAGGUGUUUGAUGGCUCAGUCUCCUAUUCAGAUGACUCAGUGAUGAAGCUGCAGUAUUACACUGGGGACAGCGAGGGGGAAAAUGAUCGUGGAUCAGAACAAGGUAACAGGGGUGGAGAGGGCGCUUCCCCAGAGGGGUCUCAGUUGGAUUAUGAUAACAUGGAGAAGCCUGCCUUGAACGAUGUCCCCCAGACUCCAGACAGUCGAGAGGUCCCUGCCCUGCCUGGAGAUGACCCAGGGGAUGGUUAUGAUGAUGCUAGAGAAAUUUCUGACCCUGAAGAUGACCCUGGUUCUGGACCAAGUGCCCAGGAAGUCACUGGGGUCCAUGGGGGAAGUGUCAGGAACUGGGAUUCACAGACAGACUGGAGUCUGCACUCACGAAGAAGUGAAGGGGCCUCUGGGGCUGAGAGUGACGUUCUGGCCCCAGCUCCUCAUGACCCAGGUUAUGAUGACGUUGAUGAUUGCAUCACUGGGACAUCAAUAUAAGAAUGCCUUGGUUCAGAUCAAAUAUCCCAUGAGGAUGUAAAUGCUGUAUGGUUAGACUCUUCCUGUUCCAAAUGCUCAUUGGGCCACAGGAGUAUUGGAGACAAUCCUUGCCUGGGAACUACUUCAAUUAGCUUUUUAAUUUCAAUUUUGUUUAAAUGCAAGAAAUAAGUGUGACUGAGACAGGGGCUGUGAUUUCCCCUCUCAGUUCCCAUUGAUCCA